GAGAGAGAGAGAGAGAGAGAGAGAGAGAGAGAGAGAGCGAGCGAUGACGAAAUCGGGCGCAGAAAAAAAAAGGGCCCGACGAGUUGCAGCGGUCCAAAACGGCCCUAGAGAUUCCAACACCGGUACUCCUCCCAGGAAGCAAGCUGCUGCGAAGGAUGUAUUUCAGUUGUUUGCUGAGAAGGUGAGGGACCAUAAGGAUCUAGAAUCUAGAUGGGCCGUUUUACAGGAAACGCGAGUGGAGUAUUUCAGAGGAAAGGGUUUUGUUAGCUUCUUGAAAAACCAUCCAGAGCUAAGAGAAGUACUGGAAUCUGAUAGUAAUUUGGAUAUGGAAGAUAUUGCCAAUGUUCUUCUGAGGAAGAAUCUUUUAGUGAGAUGUGAUCGUGUCGUGAAAACUGUACGGCCUGGGAAGAGGAAGUUAUCUACCUGGCCUGCUCAUUUAGAGUUAUUCCCUGAUCAAGUUUUCUCCGAUAAUGAUGCUUUCUUUGCAUGGACAUUUGUGAAACGACGGCCUCUGUGGCAGACAAUUCUCUCCUUUCUGUGGCCUGUUUUGACAUUAGCAAUUUGCUUGUUUCCUGUAUUUCCUCAUCGGUGCAAGAUUAUAGUACUCUACACCUGCGCUGGGGCUCUUCUACUUAUAUUCACCUUGCUCUUUUUUAGAUCGUUAAUCUUUGGCACAUUGUGGAUCAUUCUUGGAAAACGUGUCUGGUUUUUCCCAAAUAUCCUUGCAGAAGAAGCAACAUUGCAAGAAUUAUUCCGGUUUUGGCCAAAGAAGGAUGAAGAGGAAAAGCCUAAGUGGACUGCAAGGCUAUUUUAUGCAGUAGUGGGAGUGCUGGUCAUAUUACUGCUUAGGCAUCAUGCUCCUGAUGAGGCUGCCAGAGCCAGGUACCAAAAGCGGGUCUCUAAUAUAAUUGAUGAUGUGUUGGAGUGGUCUCCAAGACUGGCUUUGUCAGGAAUGAUGGAGAAGCAGCAGACUGUGGUUAAUGAAACAGAGACCAACCACUCAACAGAAGGGGGGACUACUAGUUCAUACCAACAUGAAGGUGAAGAAAUUAUUCAGAGUGAAGAAGAUGAGCAUGUAGAAAUUAUUCAGAGUGAAGAAGAUGAGCAUGUAUAAUCCCCCAAGCCCUCAGAUACAGAGUGUUUCAACAUAAAAUUAUUGACAGUAGGUCUGUUUUCUGGCUGUAGAAUUGUGUAAUUGAAUUAUAUAUGAGCAUUUAAGAGAUUUGAUU